CAGGGAGUAGCGGGAGGGGCUAAGUGGGCCCAGGAUUCCUUUGCCAGUCACUGCGCUCCGGCAAGAGCGAGUUCUACUGCGAAGUCAGCCACUGCACUGAACAGGUCUCUGAAAGUAUUUUUUCCCCUCCGCGUGCUGAAAGGAAAACUGUUAUCCUCUCCCCAGCCUUCUCUCACCAGGUGUGAAUAGGUUGUCCCGUGGUAUCGUCUUUCCUUGGUCAUCUCUGUCCCAUUCCGUACUUCUGAAGAUAAGAGGCUGCUGUCUGCACCAACCUUGACUGACCACCUCGAGUCCCACACUGCCUUACCAGCCAAAAGGAGAGACUCUGGUCGCCACUGACCCCCAGCAUGGCAGACGAUCGUCAACGUGAAGACAGCCCCCCCCAGUGGGAUCCGUCGGGGGCACAGGACCCCUCUACCCCCCCAGCCCAUGGGGCUAAUGGCUACCCCCCCUCCUACAGGGCGUGCCAGCCAGGGACGGCCCAUGGAGCAGCACCACCCUCCUACACUGCCAGAGAGAAUGGCUUCAACGGCGACCAUGCAGUUACGGCUGAGCAAGUAUCUGCGCGGAUCGUGCAGGAGGUGACAGCCGAGGCAGUGGCAGUACUGAAGGGAGAACAGGAGACAAGACUGCCCUCAGUUGAAGACACGGUGAACCUGCCUCCCUCCCCUCCUCCCUCACCUGCUGCUGAACACUGCUUCGGACCCCUGGAUCAAGAUGUAGGGGAUGAGGAGGAGGAGGCCUGCCCUCUCCACCACUUCCAAAAUUCUCGGGAGAGGUGCAAGUUCCUCGCCCCCUCCAUCUCUGUGUCUAUGCCCGAGGAUGACCCCUACCACUCUGACGAGGAAUACUAUGAUCACCCCUUGUUCAGCCCUGAGUGGGAUCGCUCGGUCUCCUCUCGGCCCUCAGUGCCGGCCUCUGCCUUUAGACAGAUUCAAGAGACCAUCGAGGCUCUUACAGACACAUUCGAGGAGGAGGAGGAAGAGGUGUUGAUGUUGGAGGAGGAGGAGAUGGAAGGGGCAGCAGCAGAAAUCGCGGCAGCUCUUGAGGAGCUGUGGAGUGGGGAUGAGCCUGAGCUGGACAGCCCCCCAGCCGAGCCCUUAAAGCAGGCAGAGGCCAUAGGCGAGGCCCAUACUGUGCCACUCGUGGAGGCAGAGGCAGCUAGUGCCGCCCCAGAAGGCUCUAACGGGAGGGUGGAGGAGAAGGAGGAGGAGGUGGCAGAGGCUGAGGGGGAGGAGGAGAGUCCUGAGGAAGCCUUGAAGAUGGACACGGACAAACCAGACAGCGAGAGGAGUGGAUCCCUCAGCCCAGACUUCACUGAACAAGAGAGUCCAGCUUUCCUCAGCGGGGUCCACGUAGCAGCACCCCUGAUCCCCAAAACGGACAUGGCUUCCCCUUCCCCUUCUCUGUCCCCUUUACCUUCAAACAGCCAGAGCCAAGCCAAAGAGCUUAGCAAAAUGUCUAUACUGGAUGAACCUAAAACAGUCUCAGAGAAGCAGCCGUCAGUGGAUGUUCUUGAGUCCAGUAACCUCACAACGGAUUCAGGGUCUGGGUUCACUACAGCUGGAGACCGAGGUCAAGGACAAGGUGUCCCAUCUGACUCUAACAAAGACAAAUCGGGCAUGUCAGCUUAUUUCGAGACUUCGGCCCUGAAGCCAGACGAGGGAUCCAAGGGGGUUCAAGCAGAAGGUUAUUAUGAACUGAGCACUGCAGGAGAAGAGAAGAAGGUCUUAGGGAGCAGUUCCCCAACAGUUACGUCACCCCUUGAGAUCAACUAUAGCAUGCUAGCACAAACACAGUCAGUGGAGGAGAAAUCAGACACCAAGAAGAGUUCGAUGGGAGAUCAAAAGGAGACCUUACCGGCACUGGACAGGAGUAACGAAUGUAGGCUGUCUCCUGGGAAACUGGCCCUGGAUCAAAGAAGCUACUCUCUCAACAUUACAAUUGGAUCGAUGGAUCCCAGUGGUCAUGGACGACCUAGAAACUUUUCCCCACUGGCCACGGAUAUCAUGUGUUUUACCAGCGGCAGUCUGGAGGAGUCUGCCAACUAUCUCCCAGUCACCACUCCGUCUGUGGAGAAGGAGCCACCACCCUUCCCUCCCCUGAUCCUGGAGACAGCAGCCUCAGUCACGUCAGACUCCUCGUCUCCUCCCCACAACACAGCAACAGAGACCCCCGGUGAAAAGACUAGCCCCCAGGGGUCAGAGUCCCCAGAAUCUCCCUUCCCACCCAAAUACUACUACAAAAAUGGGACAGUCAUGGCUCCUGAUCUACCUGAAAUGCUGGACCUUGCGGGCAGCAGGUCUAGACUGGCUUCUGAGAACACUGACCCUGAGAUCAUGAGGAGGAAGUCUGUACCUGCGGACGCCCAAGGCCUUGGCAGCGACUCCCUGGCUAACCUGGUUCUGGGGGACCAGAGUCAGAACCAGAGUCUCGCCAAGAGUGAGAGCCAGCUGGAGGAGUUGGGUUACUGUGUGUUCAGUGAGUACUCAGGGCCCAUGCCUUCCCCUGCUGACCUCCAUAGUCCCAUUGACUCCCCGCCUCAGCGCUUUACCCCUAUGGCUCUGGAGGAAAAGAUGGCGGAGGAGAAACUGAAAAUCGACGCCAGAGACAAACUAGCCGAAGACGAGAAAACCAGUCAGUUAGCUGAGAGCGCCGGUUCCAAAGAAAAAGAAGAAACCAAACAAAUGGGACAGAACGACUCAGCUUCAGAGGAAAAAGACAACAAAAAGAUCAGCCAUGAAAAUGUUUCCAUGGAAAACCAAAAAGACAAACCAGCUUCAGCUCUGAAGUCAGCCGAGUCCUUUGUAACUCCUACAGUGACGGUUACCCUGGAAGAGGAGGAGAAGCUAGGAGACAACGGACCCGAGACAGAUCCUGAGAUGGCUGCCUAUGAGAGGCAGAUUCGCCGGCUGGAGAUGGAGGACAGGCCCCUGAGCAUGGAGGAGGAGCGGGAGCUGCAGGAGCUCAGGGAGAAGGUGAAGGACAAGUUCCUGGUGCACCAGGAGGCAUACGAGGAGGUGGAUGCUGAAGACGUCUACCAACUGACUGGAGUUGCCAAGGACAGGAUCGGCAGGCCCGUUAGGCCCUCCCCAGCCUCCUCCGUGGAGAGUACCACAGAAGAAGACAAUGUUUCAGUUACGGAGACAGAGAAACCUAAACAGACGGGAGGUCAGACAACGCCAACCAAGGUUGACGUCAUGGGGACGUCUCCCUCUGUGUCAGGUGGUGGUGUGAGCACCACAGAAGAAGACAAGGUUUCAGUUACGGAAAUAGAGAAACCUAAACAGACGGGAGGUCAGACAAUGCCAACGAAGGUUGACGUCAUGGGGACGUCUCCCUCUGUGUUAGGUGGUGGUGUGAGCACCACAGAAGAAGAAAAGGUUCCAGUUACAGAGACAGAGAAACCUAAACAGACAGGAGGUCAGACAAUGCCAACCAAGGUUGACAUCAUGGUGACUUCUCCAUCUGUGUCAGGUGAUGGUGUGAGCACCACAGAAGAAGAAAAGGUUCCAGUUACGGAAAUAGAGAAACCUAAACAGACGGGAGGUCAGACAAUGCCAACCAAGGUUGACAUCAUGGUGACUUCUCCAUCUGUGUCAGGUGAUGGUGUGAGCACCACAGAAGAAGAAAAUGUUCCAGUUACAGAGACAGAGAAACCUAAACAGACAGGAGGUCAGACAAUGCCAACGAGGGUUGACAUCAUGGUGACGUCUCCAUCUGUGUCAGGUGAUGGUGUGAGCACCACAGAAGAAGAAAAGGUUUCAGUUACGGAAAUAGAGAAACCUAAACAGACAGGAGGUCAGACAACGCCAACAAAGAUUGACGUCAUGACGACGUCUCCAUCUGUGUCAGGUGGUGGUGUGAGCACCACAGAAGAAGAGAAUGAGAACGUUAGCGAAGAGGAGCUGAAGAAGGAGCAGGUUGUAGAGGUCAAAGAGAAGACCAUGGAAGAAAAGAAAAAGGGGGAGGAGGGGGAGGGGGAGGAGGGGGAGGAGGAUACAGAGCAGGCAGUGGAACCAGAGGAAAUCAUGAUAAAGAUAAAACCAUCAAUGCCUGUAGAGAAAGAAGAGAAUGUUGAGAAGGAUAGAAUGACAAACAAGGUGGAAGAGGAGGAGGAAGAUAGUGAAGUUCUGGGAGGGGCAGGAGCAGCGGUGAUUGAUGUUCCAGAACCCAGAGCUGCCAUAGAGUCAGUGGUGACUGUAGAAGAUGACUUCAUCACUGUAGUCCAGACCAUCGACGAGGGUGAGGAGCCAGGACACAGCGUGCGUUUUUCCGCUCCGCCCGAGCCUGAGACACCAGAGGAGGAGGAGGAGGAGUCCCAAGAGGUGGAGAUCAUGGAAGCAGCUAGUCUGGAGGAGGUGGGGGAUGUCUCAGAGGAGGCCCUUGAGAAGGAGGUGCAUGCCUCCCCAGAGAAGGUGCAGUUGGAGACCGAGGGACAGACAGAGAGCUACGACAGAGAUGAGACCACCAUGGACGACUCCAUCCUAGACAGCUCUUGGGUCGACACUCAAGAUCUCUCCACUGUAGAUGUGGAUGAUGACAUGAGCAUGGCUGCCGAGCAGAUCGAACCCCUGAGAGCCGACCGAGUCCCAGCCCCACCAGUCAAGAAGUACAAGACUCUCCAGCAGCAGAAGCAGGAAAAGCAGCCAGUGAAGCCCAAGGCUAAAAGCGGGCGUGUGAAGGGGCGCGAGGGGUGCGUCUCCACCCCUGAACGUAAAGCCAUCCGCAAGGAGACGGUCUAUAUCCCCAGGGAAGACAUCAAGAAGAAAAAAGCCGUGAUCAAGAAGACUGAGCUGACUAAGAAAGGAGAGACGCGCUCCUCUCCAUCACGGAAGAGUGUGUUAAAGCCUACUGCGGUCCGACACCCACGUCCCGCCCAGCCCCAACCCCACCCCUGUGCUAGGAGGAAACCUACAGUGGGUGUACCAGAAGGUCGUCGGCCCCUCAGUGUUGCUAGACAGUCUCGGGACAGAGCCUCAUCACCACCAUUAACAAAGAUCCCCACCUGUAAAACGCGAGUGGCCGCCCUCCUGCCCCCCCGCCCUAACUCGUCCUGCUCCUCCCACACUAAAAAGAACUUGCUGGGGGAGGUGGAGCUUGAUAGGCCCCGCCCCUCCUCAGCUGGGCCUCAUGACUCUACCACACUACCCAGACUAAUAUACGCGGAUGGCGGUUCGCAGAGCCCAAAGAGGUCGUCCCUGCCCCGGCCUGCCUCUGUCCCGCGGCCUGCCUCUAUCCUGAGCCGGCGUACCCACCACCAACCACAUGACCAGGAGGAGAGCUCCACCUCUAUCACCAGCUCCGGCUCUACCGCACCCCGUAGACCCACGUCAUUCAGUACAGAGGUCAGAGCGGAGCAUAGGACAGGACGCGCCCCUAGUUGGACAGGCACACAGUCGAUGCGUUCCCGUUCGCUGUGCACCACAACCCGCACCCCAGGGUCCACAGCAAUCUCCCCUGGGACUCCUCCCAGCUACAGCUACUCCUGCCGCACUCCUGGGACCCCUCUCACCCCUGGCACACCCCGUUCUCGAAGCCUGCUGCAGGAGAAGAAGGUGGCUCUGCUCCGCACCCCUCCCAAGUCACCUGCCACCACUCCCAAACAGCUCCGUGUUCUCAACCAGCCCCUGCCAGACCUCAAGAACAUCAAGUCCAAGAUCGGCUCCACAGACAACAUCAAGUACCAGCCCAAGGGGGGACAGAUUCAGAUUUUAAACAAGAAGCUGGACUUCAGUCACGUACAGUCAAAAUGCGGAUCCAAGGAUAACAUGAAGCAUUCUCCUCGUGGAGGCCAUGUGCAGAUUCAGACCAAGAAGAUUGACCUGAGUCACGUGACCUCCAAGUGUGGAUCACUGGACAACAUCCGCCACCGGCCAGGGGGAGGUAACGUGCGCAUCGAGAGUGUGAAGCUGGACUUUAAAGACAAGGCCCAGCCCAAGGUGGGUUCCCUGGAUAAUGCACACCACACCCCUGGUGGAGGCCACAUUAUGGCCCUGAACACCCUGAACCCAACCUGCCUCCCGUCCAUUCCAGGCCCUGAACACCCUGAACCCAACCUGCCUCCCGUCUAUUCCAGGCCCUGAACACCCUGAACCCAACCUGCCUCCCGUCUAUUCCAGGCCCUGAACACCCUGAACCCAACCUGCCUCCCGUCUAUUCCAGGCCCUGAACACCCUGAACCCAACCUGCCUCCCGUCUAUUCCAGGCCCUGGACACCCUGAACCCAACCUGCCUCCCGUCUAUUCCAGGCCCUGGACACCCUGAACCCAACCUGCCUCCCGUCUAUUCCAGGCCCUGAACACCCUGAACCCAACCUGCCUCCCGUCUAUUCCAGGCCCUGAACACCCUGAACCCAACCUGCCUCCCGUCUAUUCCAGGCCCUGGACACCCUGAACCCAACCUGCCUCCCGUCUAUUCCAGGCCCUGAACACCCUGAACCCAACCUGCCUCCCGUCUAUUCCAGGCCCUGAACACCCUGAACCCAACCUGCCUCCCGUCUAUUCCAGGCCCUGAACACCCUGAACCCAACCUGCCUCCCGUCUAUUCCAGGCCCUGAACACCCUGAACCCAACCUGCCUCCCGUCUAUUCCAGGCCCUGGACACCCUGAACCCAACCUGCCUCCCGUCUAUUCCAGGCCCUGAACACCCUGAACCCAACCUGCCUCCCGUCUAUUCCAGGCCCUGGACACCCUGAACCCAACCUGCCUCCCGUCUAUUCCAGGCCCUGAACACCCUGAACCCAACCUGCCUCCCGUCUAUUCCAGGCCCUGAACACCCUGAACCCAACCUGCCUCUCGUCCAUUCCAGGCCCUGGACACCCUCUUCCCAUCUUGCCUUCAGUUCAACCACCCAGGCUCCCUCACCCUGUCCCAGGCCUCUCGUCAACCCCAGCCCAGACGCCCAGACACCCCCCCCCCCCAUCCUGCAGCAGCUUCAUACUCACCGCCUGAUGGAGCUGCCUACCCCACCCUAUGUCAACAAGACAAAUUAAGAAAAAACAACAACCCUUAUGGAACUAGAGACUAUUUAGAAAGUACUUUUGAUCAAUUGUUUGUUGAUAUUUCCAUUCCUAGUACUUGUACUUUUUUUCUCCAUCUUUUAUCUGGUGUAUUUGUUUUAAUGCUGCGUAUAGAUAGAUAGAUAGAUAGAUAGAUAGAUAGAUAGAUAGAUAGAUAGAUAGAUAGAUAGAUAGAUAGAUAGAUAGAUAGUGUCCAAGCACUGACUCAAGAUCAGCUGUAGCUCUUUGCACAACAUAAUCUGGGUAUGGGCCAGGUAUAGGGUGGGCUGGUCUCUGUUCAGUUCUUAGGAGCAGCCUUUUCUUAUACUAAAUAGGAAGUCACGUGGCCAUGCUCAUACAGUACUCUACCUAUGCCAUGCCGCCAGCACGUCUUGUUUUGCUCAGUAAAGUGCAUGGACGCCAGACUCAACAUUCACCAUACAUCAAGCAUCCUUGCAGCUAGUCCCAGAUCCAAUAUAUAAUAAAUAUAUAAACAAUAUAUUGAAAAUAUGUAUAAAUAUACCAGCUCUUUGUCUUCAACAACAUCUCUUCGAAAAAUAAUUUCAAAAAAGUGAUUAGUCCUAUAAGUAUCUUAUACCUGAAAAAUUGCAUUAUUUCAAUAACUAGAUAAUGGUAUGAUGAGCAUGUAUUGAUUCUAGUUACAAAAAGAGGCUAUUUUCUAUUUCAAAUAAAAGGAUUUUAGUAAGUUAUUUCCUUAAUCAUUGGAUAGAAAAAUGAACACUUCAUGUUUUUGUAGAUAUUAGUUGACUAGUAUGUUAUGCUUGUUGAAGUAGACUUCAGACAACUGUGCUGGUGUUGCUAAGGAGUACAUCUUCCAGGCCUGCUACAGAGUACUAAAGGCCCUGCGAGUGACUAGCGCCCUGUGCUGGGGGUGUACAGUAGUUGUACAUCAAGCUGCCUCCCAUUACAGAAACAGGAGAUAAGCUCCUGCCCCCAUGGGCCAUUCUGGCUCGGACCAAGCUUACUUUAAUUACAGAGAGCUAACCAAUGUUACUCUCUCUGGGAGCUGUUCUUCUAAAAGGCUGCUUAGCCAGUCCUAGUUUAGUUUAAGAGGAUGCUGCUUUGAUUCUCAUCUCAAAUAUCUCCGUUCAAAAGAAACAAUGAUAUAGCUAGGAGCUCACAGAAGCUGUGAUCCCAAUCCAUUCACCAUGCCAGCAAUAGGCAUUGGAUGGCUGUAAGAUAUUUUAGUCCAUAGUGUUCGAUGAACACCCCAAGGCUCUCAGAGCAGGCUGAGAUUGAACUCACGAGGGCUUGCAGUUGUCUGAACCAUAUUGUGGAUGAAGCUAUUAUUUAAAGAUUACAUUUACAAAGCAGCUGUGGAACUCUGGACCCUGUGUCCCUACAGUUCACUUCUGGAUGCUAGGUUUGUUUUGUGUAAAACAUUUAGGGGGGGAAGAGAAAUAAAACUACAUUUCAUAAAAACAAACUUUUAAAAAAGGAAACUCAACAAGUCAUGUUGCAUCUGUUUGAUAAAGUGUUCCUCUAUAUUUUUUCUGUCGCUAUUUUGUGGUAUUUAUUCCUCCUUCUUUUAGUAUUAAUGUUUGCUUCUGUGUUCUUUCUGCACCACCCUAUCCCCUACCCCCUAAUCCCUGAUCCCCUAACCUCUACCCCAACCUAUAGCAACUGUAAAUGUAAUUCAAAGUAGAUGUACGCAGUUUUUCUCCUGUUGAUAUGAUACUGAUAACAAAAUGCUCUUAACAAUUAAAGACAAUAAAGACAAUGAAAACAC